AGAAUUCCACGCUUGCUGUGCCCGAACAGCUGAGGCCUCCUCUGGAUGUAUGUCAUACAACAUUGAAAAAGGGAAAAGUCAAAAUCAAAGCCGUUGUCAUGGCAACUGGCGUUCCUGCCCACCAAAACGAACUCCCCACCCCCCACAGGUUCCACUGAUCGAUAGGAUACUGUGAGGGUGGAACUAACCCAAAACAACCAGUAACCUACAUACUAGUUAUGCACCAUAGUCUAUAUGCCACAUAAAGGGGGCCGACAGACUAUCCAUCAUCUACUGAAGAGGAGGAGGAGGAGGAGGAAACAGAAGAAAGACAAUUAAAUCAAGGAAGAGUAGAGGGUUGAAAAGAGAAAGAAAACUGACGAAAAUAUAGAAUAGAGACAGAAAAGAGAGUAGGAGAUCAAAUCCACAAUCGGACAAGAAAAGAUGGCUUAUUUGUUGGGAAAAGGGUUGCUUGCCCAUGUUUACCUGCUCUUCUUGCUGUUGGCCAUCGGGUCGCAUGUGCAACCUGUCCGUGGAGGUUUGAGGGCAGAGAGACUGGAAGAAGGCACCACAGAAGUCAUCAGUCACUCGCAGGGGCUGGUGGCACGGCUGGAGGGCCUUCUAAUGCUGGGGAAUAACAGUGACAUUUCCCUACGUGUGGAAACAGUGAAUGCGGAUGAGGUCAAGGUGAUCCAAGCCCACACGCUGGUGCUUUCGCUGCAGAGCCGAGUGUUUGAAGAGAUGCUGAGAAACCGCAAUAGUAGCACGCUAGUGCUGCGAGAAAUAGCAGAAUGCACUGCUGUGUUUGAUAAAUUUAUCAGAUAUCUGUAUUGUGGUGAACUCUCAUUGCAGUUGGACCAGGCCACACCACUGCACAGACUGGCAACCAAGUACGGCAUCUCCAGCCUCCAGCAAGGACUAACCCAGUACAUGAGCCAGAACCUGGCCAGCGAUUCUCUUGGCGGUCAUGUGGUGAGUUGGUACCAGUACGCCGUGACGGUUGGCGACACGGCACUGAGAGACAGCUGCCUUCAGUUUUUAUCGUGGAAUCUGACAUCGGUGCUUCAGAGUGCAGAAUGGCCGUCGGUUAGUGCUGAAUUGCUAAUGACCCUCCUGCAGCGCUCUGAUUUAGUAUUGAAGAGCGAGCUGGAACUGUUUGAGGCGCUUGAAAUCUGGAUCACCCAGAAUGACCCGGACAGCCUGACAGCAGAGAAUGCCCUUCAACUGGUGCGCUACACCAUGAUCCCUCCACGUGAACUGUUUCGCUUGCAGCGACAGUCGCCGAUCAUGACGCGCUACCACGAGUCGGUGCGCAAUCUUCUCUACCUGUCGUAUCAGUUCCAUUCAGCUUCACCCCUUCAGCUGGCCAAGUUCUUCGACGUGAACUGCAGCCUCUUCGUGCCCCGCAACUAUCUCUCAUCCAUGUGGGGGUCUCAGUGGAUCAUAAGCAACCCGGCACGGGAUGACCGUAGCACCAGUUUCCAGACCCAGUUGGGUCCGAGCGGAUUUGACUCCAGUAAGCGGGUGACGUGGAACGCCCUGUUCUCACCCCGCUGGCUCCCUCUCAGCAUGCGGCCCAUGUACACCGAGCAGGGCGCCAUGCAGCCACCGCGGCCCGAUGGAGGAAGUGGAAUUGCCCGGCCUCGUAUCAUCAUCACACCUGCUACUUCCAGUGCAGAUUUUGCAGGUGUAAGCUUCCAAAAGACUCUGCUCAUCUUGACAAAGCAGAAGGGCAAGCUUGUGGUGCGGCAUAUCUUCGGUUUCCACCAAAGCACAGAGGAGGUGGGGGACUUCCUGGCUGACGUGGACCUGCAGUAUCGCACAUCCGAGUACCUGGUGGAUGGAUCGCUGUACUUGCACAUCAUUGUGAAGCCUAUUUACCAGACUCUCAUAGCAACCAAAAAAUAAUGUAACAGGCACAUUGAAGUAGGAUACACAUGCAUGAUUUAGAAGGUCUAUACUUUUUUUGAUACAGGGAAGAAAACUUUUAGUGCGUCUAGUGUGAUUAAGACUAAUGAAGUGCAUCUCCACUGUCCUUAUAAUGUAUUGUAAGUUAGAGGUUUACUCUGGGGAAAAAAGUGUCAAAAAAAUGAAACGUCUUACUGUGCGUUCACACUGCCACCGGCGAGAGUGUCAAAAUUCGCCUUGGCUGCCCUGCCAACAAUGCUGUACUGUGCGUUCAAAACGCCGCCGGCAGGAGGGUCAAAGUAAAUGACAAGUUGUGGCAACCAAUCGGAAUCCUCUCAAGCGAGGACCUCUACAUUCCGAUUGGUUGCUGCUAAACCGCGUCAUAGCUCAUUACCAUAAAGUUGACCUGACUUCAACUCUCCUCGACGUUCUCACCAUCCAAGACGCGCCUCGUCGCCGGCUCAUAUUGAAAAUGAAUGACUUCCUGUCACUUUGACGCUCUCGCUGGCGGCGGUGUGAACGCAUGGUUAGUCCACAUGUAUGAAAUUAAAGGGUUAGUUCCCACAAAAAAGAAAAUUCUGUCAUUAUUUACUCACCCUCUUGUCAUUCCAAAUUUGUAUGACUCUUUCUCCCAUGGAAUACAAAAGGAAAUGUUUUGAAGAAUGUUAACACUGCUCUCUUACAAUGAAAGUGGAAUGGGACCAGGAGCUGUCAAGCUCUAAAAAGGACAAAAACACCAUAAAAAGUUGAAAAUUGUUAGCUGUGGUCUCCAUCCACUGGCAUUGUAGAGAGAAGAGCAGCUUGUACAUUCUUAUAAAUAUCUUCUUUUGCGUUCCACGUAAGAAAGGAAAGUUUAGUCAAUUAUGACAGUAUUUUGAUUUUUGACCAAAUUUUUACUUUAAUAUUGGGUGUGACAUACACUUUGUGUGCCAAAUAUUACUCAUAUCACAGGUAUUUUUCAACUCAAUUAGGCAGAAGCCCUAAAUCAUGCAUGUAUAAUCAUGCAUGUAUAAUCAACACAACAUCAUGUCCAAACUGGAGAAAGAGAAAAGACUGUUUUAUUCAGCAUAACAUACUGUAAAUCAUAUUAUUAUGACUGCUUUAAAACAAAAAAUAGAAUUUUGCCAUAAUAACAACAUAGUUCUUAACAUUUAAAGUUCCAUGGUGCUACUGUAAAUAUAAUGAAAAUAUCACAUCUCUUUCAAACCUGUAAUGUCUUGAAAUGUCACAGUUGUGCAAGUUAUUUAAUAUAUAAAAUUCUUAGUUAGUUUUUUUCUUAUCUUUAUGCCCACACUAAUAUUUUUUUUUUUUAGUCAAGUUUCCUUGCAUGUCGAGAUCACGAGUAGCCUAUAUUUAUUCACUCUCCUUUG